AUAAAGUCAACACCGAACUCUCGCUCUCUGUAUGUUAACGCACAGACAAUCGCUGCUGCUGCUGGUAUAUCUGAAGCCCUAGAAACAAGGGCCGUCGUCCAAUUUGCGCAAGAAAAGGGGACAAAAACAAAGGGCAAAAAAGACCCAGAAGUGUCAGGGUUUCCAAUCACUGCGAAAAUAACAUCGGCGUAAAUUUUAACAAAGAGGAUAGAAUGGAUCAACAAGGGCAUGGACAGCCCCAGGGUGCGGGUGCAGCUCAAUUCCAUUAUGGGCAAUAUGAUCCAAACCAAGUUAAUGGUACCCCUAAUCGAGGACCAGCUGUUACAUCCGUUGCGGACAGUCAAUCUCCUAGUCAGCUUGCGCAACACCAGCUUGCCUAUCAACAUAUCUACCAGCAGCAGCAGCAGCAAUUGCAACAGCAACUCCAGUCUUUUUGGGCCAAUCAGUACCAAGAAAUUGAAAAAGUUACUGACUUCAAAAACCACAGCCUCCCCCUGGCGAGGAUCAAGAAGAUCAUGAAGGCUGAUGAGGAUGUAAGGAUGAUAUCGGCAGAGGCACCUAUUGUGUUUGCCAGGGCAUGUGAGAUGUUUAUAUUGGAGUUGACUUUGCGGUCUUGGAAUCACACGGAAGAAAACAAGAGGAGAACACUCCAAAAGAACGAUAUAGCGGCUGCAAUCACUAGGACCGAUAUCUUUGACUUUUUGGUUGAUAUAGUGCCAAGGGAGGAUCUGAAAGAUGAGGCACUUGCAUCAAUCCCAAGAGCUGUUGGCGGGCCUGCCGAUGCGUAUCCUUACUAUUAUAUGCCAGCUCAGCAAUCGCCUCAGGCUGGAACUCCGGGGAUGAUCAUGGGCAAACCUGUGGUGGAUCCUGCUUUGUAUGCUCAACAGCCUUACCCCUACAUGGCUCCACAAAUGUGGCCUCAGGCACCACAACAACCAGAUUCACCAUCAGAUUCUUAGUCACUAAAGCAUCUACUCUGUCUGGAGAAGU